GAAUUUCGCCGGAGAAUCAUCUGUUCCAUCCUAAACAACCGCCGUGAGAAACCCACCACUAUAUAGGCCACAUUAGAAGAAAUUAACCCCCUACAUUUUUUUUCUUCUUCUGUUUUGUUGUGAAGGUAUAGAGAGAUGAGUGUAAGAUUUAGAUGCGUGGUUGGGUUUCUGGCUACGUUUUUGCUACUGGGUUAUGGCGGCCGGGUCAAUUCUGAGCCGACUCAGGACAAGCAAGCCCUACUCGAGUUCAUAAACCAGAUGCCGCACGCGAAACGGGUCCAGUGGAACAAUUCCGUCUCGGCCUGCAGCUGGGUGGGAGUGAAGUGCGACAAUAACCAGUCAUUUGUGUAUUCGGUUCGACUGCCGGGUGUUGGGCUUGUGGGUCCGAUUCCACCCAACACGCUCAGCCGGCUGGGUCAACUCCGCGUGUUGAGUCUUCGCUUAAAUCGCCUCACCGGCUCAGUGCCUUCUGAUUUCGGCAACUUGACGCUUCUAAGGAAUCUCUACCUCCAGGGGAAUGAUUUGACCGGGGAGUUUCCGCCGGUGUUGACUCGAUUAGGGAGGCUGGUUCGGCUCGAUCUCAGCGCCAACAACUUCACAGGUACAAUCCCGUUUGCGGUGAACAACCUCACGCAGCUUACCGGACUGUUUCUCCAAAACAAUGAGUUUUCCGGCAGCCUGCCCAGUAUCUCAACUGGGUUGGACGGCUUCAAUGUCUCGAACAACAAGCUCAACGGCUCGAUCCCAACGACCCUACAAAAGUUUCCUGCCACCGCAUUCGCCGGAAACUUAGAUCUAUGCGGCGUUCCAUUGCGGUCAUGUAACCCUUUUUUCCCGGGACCCGCAUCGGCACCGGUGACUCCGCCGAUAAUCCCGGUCCACAAGAAGUCCAAGAAGCUCUCCACCGCCGCCAUAGUCGCCAUCGUAAUCGGUUCUAUUUUAGCCUUCUGCCUUCUACUCCUGAUUCUCCUCCUCUGCAUCCGAAAACGACGCCGUAACCGCUCCCCCAAGUCCACGAAACCCCCCGUCGCCGCGGCGCGUUCAGUCCCGGCCGCGGAGGCCGGGACGUCUUCCUCCAAGGACGACAUCACCGGCACGUCGACCGAGGCCGAGAGGAACAAGCUAGUAUUUUUUAACGGUGGAAUUUACAGCUUUGACUUGGAGGACUUGCUGAGGGCCUCGGCGGAGGUGUUGGGUAAAGGAAGCGUCGGGACGUCGUACAAGGCGGUGCUGGAAGAAGGUACCACGGUGGUUGUGAAGCGGCUGAAAGACGUGGUGGUGACCAAGAAAGAGUUCGAUAUGACAAUGGAGGUUCUAGGAAAAAUCAAGCACGAUAAUGUAGUUCCGUUGAGGGCUUUCUACUUCUCCAAAGAUGAGAAACUCCUCGUCUACGAUUACAUGACCGCCGGUAGCUUGUCUGCUCUUCUUCACGGGAGUAGAGGCUCAGGCCGCACCCCACUGGACUGGGACAACAGGAUGAGAAUCGCGCUAAGUGCCGCGAGAGGCUUAGCGCACCUCCACGUGGCGGGUAAAGUGGUCCACGGCAAUAUCAAGUCCUCCAACAUUUUGCUUCGACCGGACCACGACGCUACAAUUUCGGACUUCGGGUUGAACCCGCUGUUCGGGACCUCCACGCCACCUAACCGAGUCGCGGGUUACCGCGCCCCGGAAGUGGUGGAGACCCGAAAGGUGACGUUCAAGUCAGACGUGUACAGCUUCGGGGUGUUGUUGUUAGAGCUUUUAACGGGGAAAGCACCCAAUCAGGCUUCCUUGGGAGAGGAGGGAAUAGACCUACCGAGGUGGGUCCAGUCCGUGGUCCGUGAGGAAUGGACCGCUGAGGUGUUCGACGUGGAGCUAAUGAGGUACCAAAACAUCGAGGAGGAGAUGGUGCAGCUCUUGCAAAUAGCUAUGGCUUGUGUGUCUACUGUCCCCGAUCAACGGCCCGCAAUGCAAGAGGUGGUCCGUAUGAUCGAGGACAUGAACCGGGCCGAAACCGACGACGGGUUACGGCAGUCGUCGGAUGACCCGUCAAAGGGAUCGGACGGCCAUACGCCUCCCCAAGGGACGAGAACCCCACCGAGUGUCACACCCACACCUUAAGUGAGUCUUAAAAAAGAAGGGACAAAUGUAAAGGGAUCGGAAUGGAAGGUGGGUAUGGGUAUGGUUGGUGCCAAUAUCUGUUUUUUCUCUUUUUAGUUUUAAUU